AUGAUAAUUGAAGAAGCACAAGCUAUCAAUUCUUUUUUCAGAUCGGAAUCCUCAAAAGAGGCCUAUGGGCUCAUAUGGUUACUUGUACCUAUUGUUACUCUUGUAUUGGGAAUCACAAUAGGGGUAUUAGUAAUUGUGUGGCUAGAAAGAAAAAUAUCUGCAGGGAUACAACGACGAAUUGGUCCUGAGUAUGCCGGCCCCCUGGGCAUUCUUCAAGCUCUAGCGGAUGGGGUCAAACUACUUUUCAAAGAAGAUCUUCUUCCAUCUAGAGGAGAUAUUCGUUUAUUUAGUGUCGGCCCAUCCGUAGCGGUCGUAUCAAUUCUACUGAGUUAUUCAGUAAUUCCCUUUGGCCAUCACCUUGUACUAACCGAUCUCAGUAUAGGUGUUUCUCUAUGGAUCGCUAUUUCAAGUAUUGCCCCUAUCGGACUUCUUAUGUCCGGAUAUGGAUCAAAUAAUAAAUAUUCCUUUUCAGGUGGUUUACGAGCUGCUGCUCAAUCUAUAAGUUAUGAAAUACCGUUAACUCCAUGUGUGUUAUCAAUAUCUCUACUAUCUAACAGUUCAAGUACGGUUGAUAUAGUUGAGGCGCAGUCAAAAUAUGGUUUUUGGGGGUGGAAUCUUUGGCGUCAACCUAUAGGGUUCAUAGUUUUUAUAAUUUCUUCACUAGCAGAAUGCGAGAGAUUGCCCUUUGAUUUACCGGAAGCCGAGGAGGAAUUAGUAGCAGGUUAUCAAACUGAAUAUUCAGGUAUCAAAUUUGGUUUAUUUUAUGUUGCUUCUUACCUCAAUUUACUAGUUUCUUCAUUAUUCGUAACAGUUCUGUACUUGGGAGGGUGGAAUCUUCCUAUUCCAUAUAUACCAAUUACUGAACUUUUCGAAAUAAAUAAAACUAGUGAAGUCUUUGGAACAACAAUUAGUCUCCUCAUUACAUUAGCUAAAGCUUAUUUGUUCCUGUUCAUUCCUAUCUCAACAAGAUGGACUUUACCUAGGCUGAGAAUGGAUCAACUAUUAAAUCUUGGGUGGAAAUCUCUUUUACCUAUUGCUCUCGGUAAUCUAUUAUUGACAACUUCUUCCCAACUUGUUUCGCUAUAA